AUGAGCUCUGAGGAAUCUGCAGAGAAUUCUAGGAAGAACAAUGUGGGCGAAAAAGGCAUCAAGGACGAGGGUCUGGAGGAGAAAGAAGAUGAGAAGGAUGCUUGCGGAGUUAACUUCGAGUGCAACAUCUGCCUGGACCUCGCCGAAGAGCCAGUCGUCACCUCCUGUGGUCACCUGUUCUGCUGGCCAUGCUUGUACCAGUGGCUGCACCUCCACUGCAGCCACAGCGAGUGCCCCGUCUGCAAAGGAGAAGUGAUCGAGGCCACCAUCACGCCUGUAUAUGGGCGAGGAAACGCUGGGAGCAAGUCGCAGAAGGGGCGGAAGGAUGUAGGAGACUCGGGCUUGAAGAUACCCCCAAGACCCCGUGGCCGGAGGGUCGAGAGCUGGAGGCAGAGGAUACGAAGGCCCGUGUCGAGAAGGCUCAGCAUGGGUAUUUCCAACACCUGGCGGCGCGUUCUGGGCGAGGAGCUGCCGGUGGCCGAUGUAGCCGGCAGGGACGUCGAAGCCAGCCUGCAGGAGACAAUCAACAGCGCCCACCGUCGAGUUGCAACCAGGUUGAGGGCCCGAAGACCGGCAAGAAUGGAAGAUAGCUCGGAAAAUGGGUCCUUGGGGAUAAUCCACCCGUUGCCUCUGAGAAACUCUGCUCUGAGCCGACAGAUUGAGGGGAACAGCAGCGCAAUCAUCGGCCGCCUGAGCAGCUCUGCCAGGUUUUCUUUUGGCGGCUUGAAUGGCAGGAGCGCCAACUUGUCCAGAAUACUGGGCAGCUUGUCUGCAGAGAGUGGUGACCAUCCUGGAGCUUCUGCGUCCUCUGGGAAUCCUCAGAACGCCGACGACCUGGCUCACCGGCACCACCACCCCACUGGGUCAACCCAGCAGGGUAUGGACCAGGCCUCUGCCUCUAGCACCAUGGCUGUGAUACAGGGUGACGGGGUCAACGCGGAUCUGGUGGCGGGGGCAAACAGUGCCGGAUCUUCUAGGCCCCUGCGAAGUAGGGGGAGGAGCAGCAGCUCCUUGGAUGUGGAUGGAUGCGGUCAACAUGGACGUAAGAGGAGAAGAACGAACUAA